AUGAACAAAACAAAUUUCAACAUCUACCUGGUAGCUCUCUUUGGAAUUUUUCAUCAAUAUCUCUGCAGCCCAUCUCCUAGUCUUCAAUACAUAAAUAAGAUCAAUGAUGGUGAUGUUCAAGACUUGGGGUCCAACUUUUUCCUUGGACCAACUGAUCAGCACUUCCCUAUUCCUUCUGAGAAAGCAGAGUUCCUGGGAAAGAAACAAUCCCAAAGCAGCAAGAAUAUAGGAAUUCAAUUGGCCUCAUGUUUUGCAGCCAGAAAUCCUCCACCAGGGUUUGAAAGUCCAAAGUUGAAAGUAGGGAUCAGUAACUCUGAUUACUCAAGCCUCAAGGACCAGGAUUUGAUUUAUAACAGGCUAGCUCACAACAAUGUUCAUACAGAAUCAAGAGUUCAGUCAGAACAUGGUGGGUUUCAUGCAUCUUCCUCUCAUUAUAGUGAGAACAACUGGACCCCACAUCACAUAACACAAAAGGGCUUGGGUGGACCUGCAAUUACUGAAUCCAAGGGAUUCCAAAAAGCUGUCCAGCCACCAAAGUCCCCUAAUUCUGGGUUUGGGCAAGUUUUAUGCAAUCAUAAAGGAUAUGAUAUGAGUGAAGAGAAAAGAAAAGAAUCUAAUUUGGGUGCUUCAAGUGCUAUGUACAAGCAAUGGGAUGACAAUGCAAGACUUAACAACAUGUUAUCCCUUGAAGGUUUGAAGAUGAAGGAUGAUACAAAGGUCAUAUACACACCAAAGAUACAACAUGGCCCUCAUCAUCCUGGAAGCUUCCAACUUGGCCCACAGAAUAUGUUAGGAAUGACUAAAGCUCCUGUAGGAAACCAACAAGGCAUGGAGCUAUCAGUACCUCUGUCAUAUCCUGUUUCCAGAGAGGGUCAAUUGAGACAUAUCACACCGGAUAUUGAAUUUGAUUUAAAUCAAGGGCAUACUUCUCAUUACAUCCCUGUACAACUAUCAAGAAGCCAAGUGAGUCCUCAUCAAAAACAAUUGUUGCAUUACCUUUUCAUUGAUUAUUCCCCUUUUUCUGUCUAUAUGAAUAAGACGAGUUCUUGGACACAUCAUGAUUGUCAAGCUUCGAAUACUUUGGGUAAUCACAUUUGGAAAACACCUCAAAGUCAGCCUUCUGGGACAAAUCCUCAUGAAUAUCAUUCAUUUGAGCCCCCAAAAAUUGUUCCUUAUGCACCAUUUGUGGCUUUGGAGAAUGGCCCAAAUGGUUCUUUGAAAGGCUGGAAUCACCAGCAUGAGAUGUAUGAUCAUGGACUGAAAAUUACUCUGGAAUUGUUUGAAGAAAUCAUUUCUGACCCUUAUAUGGAAAAUCCCUUCCAAGACAACUGGGAGGGUAUUUACAACUUCUUUGCUGUAUUACACCAAAGGUUAACACAAAUCAUAAGAAAAGGAAAUUGGAAUUAUUGGGGAAUGACAGCUGAUUUCAAAGCUUUUGUUGUCUAUGCUGUGAAAGUACCAGAAACAUUUUCUCAAGUGAAGUCUCAGUUAUUAGCAUGGAAGCUACAAAGAAAACCAGGAAGUUUUCUACACAAUGCAAGUGAAUUUGCACUGGAAUGGAUUGACAGUCAAGAUCAUCUUGAACGGAAUAAUGGAAUAUAUCCCACAAGACAACUCAAAAAGAAAAUCAUUAAAUCAAAAGGGCUUUGGAAGAAUGGGAGUGCUUCUGAAAAGGGGCCUGAAGCGGAGGGUUAUGAUUCAAGCUUGAGGCGCUGGGAAAUGGCAUUGAACAGAUCCUUGAAAUUCUGGAGAGAAUUUACUGCGGAACAAAAACCAAGUAGACAACACAAUUUUUUUGGUCUCACACGCGAUCUCCAGAAGACACAAGUGCAAAUUGACAAAAAGAUAAAAGACAGGAGCAGAAAAUAUGAUGAUUGGUACUUCCCAGGGGAGCUAGCAGAUUAUGUAGCUUUUGCUGCAAGGAAAGAAGAUAUAUCACCUGUUGUUAAAGUAGAUUUAAAACGUUGGAUGUCAUUGAGUGGUGAUGGGAAUCCCAUCUCAAGUCUUCUUCAAUACACACAUUUGAAGGAGUUGGACUACAGAAAAAGGUUGAAUACUGCAUUGAAUUACUGGGAAGAUAUUUUGCACAUGCCUUGGCAAGUUCAACAAAAUAAAAUCAAACAUGAAAAUUUUGCCUUAAAUUCCUUUGUACAGACAGACCAUGAUUUGCAUAAGAGAUUUUCACAGAACAUCAGAGACAAAAUUGACAAUGAUUACAUGGACAAAGUAUUUGCAACUUAUGUAGCUUCUGCUUUUAAAUGUCCAAAAGUCUUCAACCGAAUCAAGGAGAGCCUAGAGUCCUGGAUGAAAUUAACUGACAAAGGAAGUGCAAUGCAGUUCAAAGCUCAGGUUGCAGCUAGCUGGCUUCAAGAGAAACAAGCUGGAGUUGUUGCGGGAUCACCUUGA